GGAUGAAGUAUCAUUCGAUUUUAUUAACUUCAUUAUCAGAAGAUUAGAUUAUCAACAUGAUUUAUCAACAAGCCCCACAUUUCUUGCCAACUUGAGUUCGUAUCAAGUGUCAACGAUUCAAGAGUCCAUACAAUCUUGCCUUUUAAUCUUGGCUCUUGGUUCUUCGGCGGUCUCUUGAUGGCAAUAACGUCAUUCUCAUCAAUUAAGCUAUACGGAAUAUUUCAAGUGCUUCAUCAAGGUAGAACUAAAGUAAUUAAUUAACCGGAUUCCAAGCGACGGGAAAUGAAUUAUCAUAAGCGAAUGAAUGAUGAAUCGUGCAAUGGUGCAUGUACCUCGGGUAAAACUUUGGUUAAGCCUCUUCCGUUAGACAAAGACAAUAUUGAGGAUGAGAGUGAUGAUGAUCCUCUUUUUUCGUCAUCAUCCGCCACCACAACUCUCACUUUCCCAGUAAAAGACUGAGAAAACGGAAAUGAAGAAAUUAGUUGUUCAGCUCGCUUAAAGCGCACAGUCAACCAAAAGUUCAGCUCCGACAAAAAUAUAGGGCCCUGCUGAGCAAUGCUUUGCUAAAUUCUGAAUAAAUCACGACAUACAAACAAAAUGGGCAGCAAGUGACGUUGGUCAAACACUUAAUUCACACUAAUUGUCAAGUAAAUGGGACAAAUAGGGCUCGAUCUUUCAAGAACGCAAACCCCGUUGCUCUUCCCAGCAACAAAUUUCGGUGAGAGAACUAUACUAUUAUUGUGCUUCAGACAGUGCCCACUUUAAAACAGUUUCUCCGUCGCUGAAAUCGCUGGAACAAAUUCAACUGAGUCGAUCUCAUACCAUGGAAGGGAGCACAGAGAACUCUCAAUGUCGAGCAGAAAUUCGCCUCAUUCGUCAAUGUUGAAUAAUUGGAGGGCCUUUCCGACAAUCUUUUGGGGCGCUGAAAAGAUCGAUGGAAAACUCAACACAAACUCUACCUUCCUCUAUUCUUCAUUCGUGUCGAGGGUAGAUCAAAUCAACUGUGUCCGGACAUUUUGCAUUGCACACCUUUAAAUUCCUCAAGUUGUCUUAGCGAAACAAGAAGGUUGUGCUGGAAGAGCUGCAGAUAUCGCGAUUUUAACAGGAGCAUCUAGGAAGAAUUCAAAAUGAAUUCUCCUGUCCGAGUGGUAACUUGUCUCUUGUAUGCUUUCAUUACUUUUUGUGGAGUGAACGCGGAAGGCGACGAUUUCAAGCCGAUUCCACCCAAAGCUGGAUCAUGGGUGGGGCCAACAACAGGGGAAGUAUGGCCAAACCCGCAAAUUCGAUUUCGACAGAACAGCUUUUUCGUGCUUCAAGUGGAUCAAUUCGAAUUCAAGUUAAACAACGCAGCUGCUUCUAGCGAUAUCGUGAACGAAUCCGUGGUUCGUUUUAAGGACCGCAUGUUUCCUGGCCAAGCCCAACGGGCUCGAGAAGCUCGCCAAACUCGUUUUCGGUUCCAGCCUCCGUUAAAUGGUCGCGAGUCCACAGAAUUCAGUUACAAUGUCGGUCAACUCGAUACUAUUCACGUGAUUCUUGAAUCUGCUUGUGGAAACUGCGAAAAAUAUCCUUACAUGGGGAUGAACGAAACUUAUGAAAUUGUGCUGAACCCUGAUUCUUCCGAGGAACAAUUCGUGGUUUCAUCCAGCGUUUGGGGUUUGCUCAGAGGAUUGGAAAGCAUUUCCCAGAUGGUGUACAUUUCUCCCGAAAACAAUUAUUCCUAUCAAAUCAAUGUCACCCGAGUGAUCGACUUUCCACGGUUUCCUCAUCGAGGUUUCAUGCUGGACACUGCCCGCCAUUACUUAUCCAUGAAUACUAUCCUUCAAACAUUGGAUUUGAUGGAAAUGAACAAACUCAACGUGUUGCAUUGGCAUAUUGUGGAUACCGAGAGCUUCCCUUACCAAAGUACGACGUUUCCGGAUCUGAGUGCCAAGGGAGCAUAUGACCCUUACACCCAUGUUUACUCUCAAGAGGAUGUGAGACUGAUCAUUGAAAGUGCUCGUGUUCGUGGCAUUCGAGUGAUGGUUGAAUUCGACACCCCCGGACACACCCAAUCGUGGGAAAAGGGACAACCCGGCCUUUUAACCGAGUGUUACGACCCAACCACAGAACGACCAAAUGGACGAUAUGGUCCCAUGGACCCCACCAAAAAUGAAGUGUUCGAGUUCUUGACAGAAUUGUACCAAGAAAUUUCCGAGGUGUUUCCCGAAGAGUAUAUUCAUAUCGGAGGCGAUGAAGUUUCCACUAAUUGUUGGAGAAGCAAUCCUUUCGUCAAUGACUUUAUGAAUCAAUGGAACAUAACGGGGGAUUACAAGCGAUUGGAAUCUUAUUUUAUCGAGACGCUCCUCGUUAUCGUGGACAAACUGCCAAGAAAUAAUAUUCCAGUGGUAUGGCAAGAGGUUUUCGAUAACGGCGAUAACAUUUCUCCUGAAACGGUGGUUCAAGUGUGGAAAAACUGGGGGAUCGGAUGGCGGAAUCGAAUGCAGGCGAUCACGACUGCAGGCCAACCGGCUAUUCUCUCAGCCCCAUAUUAUUUGAACUACAUCAAGUACGGCUCGGACUGGGUUGAAAUGUACGAAGAAGAUCCCCACGACUUUGCAGGAACGGAAGAAGACAAACAAUUGGUUUUAGGUGGAGAGACUUGCAUUUGGGCGGAGUUCGUGAACUCGAUCAAUUUGAUCCCGAGGGCGUGGCCUCGUGCCAGUGCCGUUGCAGAGCGAUUGUGGUCCAGCCGCGAUACCAGAAAUAUUAGCGAGGCCUCAUCGCGAUUACAAGAGCACGAAUGUCGUAUGCUGGGUCGGGGAUAUCCGGUUUCUCCCGUGGUUGGCGCCGGAUUCUGUAGUGUGAAGUGGAAUUAAGAACGACGAACUCGUUAUCUUUUUAUUAGUUACAAAAAAAGUACAAUAAAGCUACUUUAUCAACAGUGUA